AUGAGUCCCACAGCUCGUCCGACCUUCGCCGGCAGCAGCAUGAACAGGCCACCCCCAAGGGAAGGCUCCCUCACCCUCGAGGAAAAGAGAUUUCUCGUGGCCGUAGAAAGAGGGGACUUAGCCUCCACAAGAAGGUAUCUGGAAAGCGCGAAGGAUACUAAUAUCAACAUAAACUGCACAGACCCUCUUGGUCGAUCUGCAUUGCUUAUGGCAAUAGACAACGAAAAUUUAGAAAUGGUUCAGCUGCUCAUUUAUAGUCAAGUUGAAACGAAGGAUGCUCUUUUACAUGCAAUAAAUGAAGAAUUUGUUGAAGCUGUAGAAUUACUUUUAGAACACGAAGAACAUCAUCACGUAAAAGGUGCACCACAUAGUUGGGAAGCCAUAGAUCGUGACAUAGCCACAUUCACCCCAGACAUCAGUCCUCUCAUUUUAGCAGCGCACAGAGAUAACUACGAAAUAAUCAAGAUUCUUCUUGACAGGGUAUCCACUGAUUCUUCCGAGGCUCCAUUAGACAUCAAGAUCCCUACCCCCCACGAAGUCCGUUGUGGUUGCACUGAUUGUGUCAAGUCCAGUUCCGAAGACAGUCUUCGACAUUCACGGUCGCGGAUCAAUUCCUACAGAGCCUUGGCGUCACCUUCCCUUAUUGCACUCUCCAGUAAAGAUCCAAUACUCUCAGCCUUUGAACUGUCCUGGGAGUUGAGGAGACUGAGCUUCAUGGAACAAGAGUUCAAGAAUGAAUACCAAGAGCUUCGACGUCAAUGUCAGAACUUUGCCACUGCACUUCUGGACCACACACGCAGUUCAUAUGAACUUGAAGCAAUGCUCAACUAUGAUCCUACUGGUCCAGCCUUUGAGCAUGGAGAUAGAAUGCACCUCAGCAGGCUCAAGCUAGCUAUCAAAUACAAACAGAAAAAAUUCUGUGCUCAUCCGAACGUCCAGCAACUUCUUGCUUCCAUAUGGUAUGAAGGUUUACCAGGUUUCCGAAGGAAGAAUAUUUUGCUCCAAAUGGCAGAAAUCACAAGGAUAGGUCUCAUGUUUCCAAUCUUCUGCACAGCCUAUAUCAUAGCCCCCAAAUCAUACCUAGGAAGUACUCUAAGAAAACCUUUCAUCAAAUUCAUAUGCCAUUCUGCAUCAUACGUUACAUUUUUGUUUUUACUGAUUUUGGCGUCCCAACGAAUUGAAACUGUGGUUGUAGAAUGGUUCGGUACUGAAGAAAUGAGGCAUCGUUUGCAUAGUGACGUAACAACAAAGCGAGGAGCACCGCCUAGCGUUGUCGAAUUGAUAAUUCUAACAUGGGUAAUGGGCCUUAUUUGGAGUGAAAUCAAACAACUUUGGGAUAGCGGUCCCUUGCAGUACGUUAACGACAUGUGGAAUAUAAUAGAUUUCAUCACCAAUUCACUUUAUGUUGCUACUGUAGCUCUCAGAAUCAUCGCAUAUUUUCAGGUGCAAAAAGAGAUAGCCGAGGACACAGGAACGGCUUAUCUUCCACGUGAAAAAUGGGAUGCCUGGGAUCCCAUCCUUAUAGCCGAAGGGCUUUUUGCAACGGCUAAUAUUUUCAGUUCGCUGAAACUGGUGUAUAUUUUUUCCGUGAACCCCUACCUUGGACCUCUCCAAAUAUGCUUGGGUCGAAUGGUGAUUGACAUUAUCAAGUUCUUCUUUGUUUAUUCUCUGGUACUAUUCGCUUUUGCAUGUGGCAUGAACCAGUUAUUAUGGUAUUAUGCUGAUAUGGAACGACAAGUGUGCUUUUCGAAAAAUGGACAAGAUAGCAAACUAGACCAUUCGGCUUGCUUAACUUGGCGAAGGUUCUCAAAUUUGUUUGAGUCGUCCCAAACUCUCUUUUGGGCGAGUUUUGGUCUCAUCGACUUGGACAAUUUCGAGCUGACGGGGAUUCAGAGCUACACCAGAUUCUGGGGACUGCUCAUGUUUGGUUCCUACUGCGUCAUCAAUGUCGUCGUUCUUCUCAAUCUCCUCAUAGCCAUGAUGAAUCAUUCCUAUCAAAUAAUUUCGGAACAUGCCGACGUCGAAUGGAAAUUUGCGAGAACCAAGCUGUGGCUGAGUUACUUUGAAGAUGGAGCGACGGUGCCUCCCCCUUUUAAUAUCAUUCCGACUCCUAAAAGCGUAAUGUAUCUCUUUCGGUGGCUGAAGAGGAAGUUUUGCGCAACAAGAAUUGUUAAGAAAAAAGAUCUUAAAACUAUACGGAGGAAAGCAAAACAAGCAAGUGAAAGAGACCUUCGGUAUAAGAAAAUAAUGCGCAAUUUGGUUCGAAGAUAUGUCACUAAAGAGCAGAGAAAUGCUGACAACCAAGGAGUUACUGAGGAUGAUGUGAAUGAAAUAAAGCAAGACAUUUCAGCUUUUAGAUUUGAAUUGAUUGAAAUAAUGAAGAACAGUGGUUUCAAUACAUCAACAGCAUCCGACCAAAUGCAAGGAGGCCUCGCAAAAGGUACUGGUGGAAAGAAAGGUCGACAAAAGGAACGUCGUUUGAUGAAAGGGUUUGACAUAGGAGUAGUGAAACAACCGCCAAAGAAGUCAGAUGUUGAAGCUUCUGCCAAAUCGCCUAGAACGCAUUGGCUAAAGUUGGCACAUUUAGCUAAUGGCAAAAAGCAAGCUAAACGACAGCAAGGGGCUAAAUGGCCUUACAGCGAACGGAACUCACGUAGUUCUAAGCAGAAGAACGAAGAAAGUUUACGAAGUCACAGCAUAGAAUCUAUGAGCUCCGAGGUGACGUCAGAGGCUGAAGCUACGCACAACGACACUACCUCCAGCGAAUCAUCUUUAAGCCUCGCUGCCUCUAUCAGUGGUACACCAGCGUUAGAAAUGGGUAGUAAUGAUGGAGUUACUAUAGUAGUCAGUGAUGACGAGUCAUUGAAAUGCGAUCGUGCCACUAAUACAGAUACACCUGCUCUAAAAUGGUCCAAACUAACAAGAAAACUGGGUGAGCUAACUUUUCCUUCGCGUCUGAGAAUGGCCUUCCAUGAUAACGUUCCGGAAAGAGAUCAUUCAGUAGAUCACCAUCAUGCUAAGUUGCACCAUCUCGAGCCAGGAAAGAAGGCGAAGGCUAGAAGAACGGUAAGCGCCCCUGCUCCAACUGCGAACCCAAAACAUCAUCAGCUAGUAAUGAGGUCCCAAGGUAAAGCGCCAUACGCUUCGAUUCCAUCUGUAAGCGUAUCUGUACAAAACAACGCUCACACUAUAAGCACUUUAUCGGGGAAUAUAGGAAGCGCCGAAGAUCCACCAUCUACUGGAAAUUCCACUUUAAACUCACCGUCUUCCCCCAAAACACCAAAAAUUAGACUUCAAGAACGCUUCCCAGUGCCUACGGUUCACAUUGAAGAAGAAGUAGUGAAAGUAAGUGCAACUACAGAAACUUAUUCCAGAAAUAGCAGUGUAACAUCGAGAAGAGAUUCAGAUCUUUCACUUGGAUCCCCAUCCCCGGAAAAUACAAGUCCAAAUGUUACCCAUGCGUCCCAAAGCGAAUCCUUAGUACCUAGUCAACCUGUAAGUUCCCAUAAGUCUAGCAAUGGUACUCUUGGUCUGAUUUCUACCGUUUACGGAAUAGAGCCUGUUAAUAAAGAGAUGAGAACUGGUUGGAUAUGA